AUGAACAUAUCAUGGUAUAACAGAUGCUGGUCUUAUGUGGGAGAUCUCCAGAAUGGCCAGGUCGUUUCUAUUGGAUCACGUUGUGAAUAUAAAGAUACUGUGGAGCAUGAACUCUUGCAUGCCCUUGGAUUUUACCAUGAACAGUCACGCACUGAUCGAGAUGACUAUGUUAAGAUUUGGUGGAAUGCAAUCAUUGAUGGUCAGGCAUAUAACUUUGACAAAUAUGAUGACAGUUUCAUUUCUGAUUUAAACACCCCAUAUGAUUAUGAAUCUGUCUUGCAUUAUGGACCUUAUUCAUUCAAUAAGAACAGUUCCGUCCCUUCAAUUACAACAAAAAUUCCAGAGUUCAACAAUGUCAUUGGGCAAAGCCAGGACAUGAGCAAGAUAGAUCUAGAAAGGCUUAACCGCAUGUACCGUUGUG